GCUGCCGUCGUGGGUCACUCGGCUGGACCUAAGUCACAACAGAUUAUCUUUCAUCAAGACGAGUUCCAUGAGUCACCUUCAGAGUCUUCAAGAAGUGAAACUGAACAACAAUGAAUUGGAGACCAUUCCAAAUCUUGGUGCAGUCUCAGUGAAUAUUACGCUUCUAUCCUUGGCUGGAAACAGGAUUGCUGAGAUAUUACCAGGACAUCUGAAACAAUUUCAGUCCCUUGAAACUUUGGACCUGAGCAGCAAUAACAUUUCAGAACUUAAAACCGCAUUUCCACCCCUUCAACUCAAAUAUCUGUAUAUCAAUAGCAACAGAGUCACAUCCAUGGAACCUGGGUACUUUGACAACUUGGCCAAUACUCUCCUGGUGUUGAAGCUGAACAGAAACCGGAUCUCAACAGUCCCACCCAAGAUGUUUAAGUUGUCCCAGCUGCAGCACCUAGAACUAAACCGAAACAAGAUUAGAAAUGUAGAUGGACUAACUUUCCAAGGGCUUGGUGCUCUGAAGUCCCUGAAGAUGCAAAGAAAUGGAGUAACAAAACUGAUGGAUGGAGCUUUUUGGGGUCUGAGCAACAUGGAAAUCUUGCAGCUGGACCAUAACAACCUAACAGAGAUUACCAAGGGUUGGCUUUACGGCUUGCUGAUGCUGCAGGAACUCCAUCUCAGCCAGAAUGCCAUCAACAGGAUCAGCCCUGAUGCCUGGGAGUUCUGCCAGAAACUCAGCAAGCUGGACCUAACUUUCAACCAGUUAUCAAGGUUAGAUGAUUCCAGCUUCCUUGGCCUAAGCUUACUAAAUACACUGCACAUUGGGAACAACAAAGUCAGCUACAUUGCUGAUUGUGCCUUCCGGGGGCUUUCCAGUUUAAAGACUUUGGAUCUGAAGAACAAUGAAAUUUCAUGGACUAUUGAGGACAUGAAUGGUGCUUUCUCUGGACUUGACAAACUGAGACAGCUAACACUCCAGGGAAAUCGGAUUCGAUCUAUUACCAAAAAAGCCUUCACUGGUCUGGAUGCAUUAGAACAUUUAGACCUGAGUGACAACGCCAUUAUGUCUUUACAAGGCAAUGCCUUUUCACAAAUGAAGAAGCUUCAACAACUGCACUUAAAUACAUCAAGCCUUUUGUGUGAUUGCCAACUAAAAUGGCUCCCACAGUGGGUGGCAGAGAACAACUUCCAAAGCUUUGUGAAUGCCAGUUGUGCCCAUCCUCAGCUGCUAAAAGGAAGAAGUAUUUUUGCCAUUAGCCCAGAUGGCUUUGUGUGUGAUGAUUUUCCCAAACCCCAAAUCACGGUUCAGCCAGAAACACAGUCGGCGAUAAAAGGCUCCAAUUUGAGUUUUAUCUGCUCAGCUGCCAGCAGCAGUGAUUCCCCAAUGACUUUUGCUUGGAAAAAAGACAACGAACUCCUGCAUGAUGCUGAGAUGGAAAAUUAUGCACACCUCCGGGCGCAGGGUGGUGAGGUGAUGGAGUACACCACUAUUCUGUGGCUGCGCAGUGUGGAAUUUGCCAGUGAAGGGAAAUAUCAGUGUGUCAUCUCCAAUCACUUUGGUUCAUCCUACUCCGUCAAAGCCAAGCUUACAGUAAACAUGCUUCCCUCAUUCACCAAGACGCCCAUGGACCUGACCAUCCGUGCUGGGGCCAUGGCGCGCUUGGAAUGUGCUGCCAUGGGACACCCAGCCCCACAGAUAGCCUGGCAAAAGGAUGGAGGCACAGAUUUCCCAGCCGCAAGGGAGAGACGCAUGCAUGUGAUGCCUGAGGAUGAUGUGUUCUUCAUUGUGGACGUGAAGAUAGAAGACAUCGGGGUGUACAGCUGUACAGCACAGAACAGUGCAGGAAGUAUUUCUGCAAAUGCUACUCUGACUGUGCUAGAAACGCCGUCCUUCUUGCGGCCUCUGUUAGACCGAACUGUGACCAAGGGAGAAACAGCCGUCCUGCAGUGCAUCGCUGGAGGGAGCCCCCCACCCAGGCUGAACUGGACCAAGGAUGACAGCCCUUUGGUAGUGACUGAAAGGCACUUCUUUGCAGCAGGCAACCAGCUGCUGAUUAUUGUGGACUCGGAUGUCAGUGAUGCUGGGAAAUACACAUGUGAAAUGUCCAAUACCCUUGGCACAGAGAGAGGCAACGUGCGCCUCAGUGUGAUCCCUACUCCCACCUGUGACUCUCCUCAGAUGACCGCCCCGUCUUUAGAUGACGACGGAUGGGCCACUGUGGGCGUCGUGAUCAUAGCCGUGGUCUGUUGUGUGGUGGGCACGUCGCUCGUGUGGGUGGUCAUCAUCUACCACACCAGGCGGAGGAAUGAGGAUUGCAGCAUUACCAACACAGAUGAGACCAACUUGCCCGCCGAUAUCCCUAGUUAUUUGUCAUCCCAGGGAACAUUAGCUGAUAGGCAGGAUGGGUACAUCUCUUCGGAAAGUGGAAGCCACCACCAGUUCAUCACUGCUUCAGGAGGUGGGUUUUUCCUACCGCAACAUGACAGUACUGGAAACUGCGUUAUUGACAACAGCAGUGAACCCGAUGUGGAAGCUGCCACAGAUCCAUUCCUCUGUCCCUUUUUGGGAUCUUCAGGCCCUGUGUAUUUGAAGGGGAACAUGUAUGGCCCAGAUCCUUUUGAAGCCUAUCAUACAGGUUGCAGUGCUGACCCAAGAACAGCUUUAAUGGAUCACUACGAGCCCAGUUAUGUAAAGAAAAAGGAUUGCUACCCAUGUUCUCAUCCCACAGAAGAGUCCUGUGAGCAGAGCCUCAGUAACCUGGGGUGGCCUUCACAUGUGAGGAAGCUCAUGAACUCCAGUUACUCUCAAAAUGAAGGACCUGCAAUGAAAAAUUUGUGUCUAAACAAGACCACUUCAGAUUUUAGUACGAGUCCAGAGCCAGCAUCAUUUACUUCAAGUAGUUCUUUCAUGGGGACAUUUGGAAAGCCUCUGAGAAGAUCUCACUUAGAAGAAGCCUUUUCAAGCUUUGGACAGCUGGCAGAUUGUCAGCUGAGAGCCUUUCCCUUAAAAACUCCUUCUUCCCCUGACUUGGACUCUGAGUCCGAAGAUGAGAGAGCAAGGACAGACUUUCAGGAAGGAAAUCACACAUGUACCUAUAAACAGACAUUAGAAAACUACAGGACUCCAAAUUUUCAGUCUUAUGACUUGGAUACAUAGAUUGAAUGACACCAAAGAAACUUUAACAUACUACCUCAUGUGGACUUUUAUUUAAAAGAGAAAGAAUCCUAUGUUUUUAAGUGGAGUUAUGAAUUUUAAAAGAAUAAAAUGCCUUAUUUAUACAGAUGAACCAAAAUUACAAAAAGCUAUA